AUGGUAGUCGAAAAUACCAGCGAGAAGUCUACAACAGAGGCACAGCAGACCAACCAAGAUAAGCGGCAGAGAAAACAGGCCAUAGUGAAUGGUUUAAACAACGAAGAUGUUAAAAUUGGAACAAUCACCGAAGAGGAAGAAACAGGAUCUGAUGAUAAAUAUCCAGAGUUAGGAAUAAGAAUCACCAUAUCGCCUCCUGAAAAUGAUUCGGGAAACGACACUGAAACUCCUUCCUCGCUUUAUACAGAAUUUGAUAAGGAAAAAGACAACAAACCUUCCAGGUUUCUAGUACAUCCGGUUUAUGAAAAAAGGCCUCAGAGAUUCCGUAAGACCUCAGCAUAUUCAGCUGACUCUGAGCAAAGUGGACCGACACAAAUGGUUGUUCCGAGUAGGAAAGGAUCAACGGUAAUGAUCCAUGAACACCCUGAGAUUAUUCAAGGAAAUAGUAGUUAUUAUUCUCUACAUUCUAAUGAUGCCUUUCCAUAUAAUUAUUCUGGUCCUAAACAACACAGAAUAUCAGUGUUCUCUUGCUACAGUCAGGCAAGUCGUGCCAGUUUCCAAUCAGACAAGACUUUUAGAGAUCCUUAUGAAUGUUUUCCUAAUGCCGAGAAUUACAGGGAUGCUGCUGGAGCAUAUUAUGAUUUUAAACAAAGACCAACCCUCUAUCAACUAAGACAACAA